AAUACCUGUUUGUCUAAAACCCUUCCUCCGGAAGUAAGCGUUACAUAGUGAAGCGGUACGGUGAUCAGCUCACAAGAAACACAAAACUGUGUAGUCACUCUGAAUUGUAACCCGAAUAAACGGCAGACAAAAUUAUUCACAAUGUCGAUUAUGUCAUACAAUGGAGGAGCGGUGAUGGCGAUGCGUGGAAAGGACUGCGUGGCAAUAGCCUCCGAUCGACGCUUUGGGGUCCAGGCACAGAUGGUGACCACUGACUUUCAGAAGAUCUUCCCCAUGGGAGAGCGCCUCUACAUUGGCUUAGCUGGCCUUGCCACUGAUGUGCAAACUGUGUCCCAGCGUCUUAAAUUCCGCCUAAACUUGUAUGAAUUAAAGGAAGGCCGUCAGAUCAAGCCCAAGACUUUCAUGAGUAUGGUGUCCAACCUGCUGUAUGAGAGAAGGUUUGGUCCAUACUACAUUGAACCUGUGAUUGCUGGCCUUGAUCCUAAGACUUUUGAACCAUUCAUCUGCUCUCUGGACCUGAUUGGCUGUCCUAUGGUAACAGAGGACUUUGUGGUGAGCGGUACCUGCUCUGAACAGAUGUACGGCAUGUGUGAGUCCCUUUGGGAACCUGACAUGGAGCCGGAGGACCUGUUUGAGACCAUUUCACAAGCAAUGCUGAAUGCUGUGGAUAGAGAUGCAGUGUCUGGCAUGGGAGUUGUUGUGCAUGUCAUUGAGAAAGACAAGAUCACCACUCGGACCCUGAAGGCCCGGAUGGACUAGUUAGAUUACUUGACUGGACAUUUAUAUUUCCAGAACUGCUUUAUUUUUUACUGAAACAUUUGUCAAAUUGUCAAAUUGAAAUUGUCAAAUAAAUGUGUGAGGAAAAAAA